GGAUGACUUGUCUGUGCUGAGAGUGGUAGCUUGGCUUCUGAGGAGGAAUUUGAGGAUUUUUCUGCAGUGCCAGAGUCUGCUCUAACCGUAAGUGAGGCUACUGUAAUACUUCGGGAGUUCUCCUUUAAUACUGGGUUGGUGAAAUCCAAUUGUACCCCUAUAAUACCACCAGUUGGGGUAUCGGCUCUGCUUUUUGACAGUUUUCCCUGAGCUCAUGGUCAUGACUCACUCCAGGCAGCAUGACAGAGGGAAACAAGGUUUGGUUCUAAGAAUGCCCAAGCUCAGCUUUCUGCAGAACUGCAUUUAGAGUUCUCCAAACUCCAGGAAAAGGGUGAAUUCCACAUCUUCAUGGCCAGGUUUAAAUUUUGCAGCUCUGUCCCAGGCUGUCAGUUCAUCCCAGCCAUCCAGGGAAACAGUCCAGGUCCAAAGCUCUCCAGCCAAGGAGAAACCUCCCAGAAUCAUGAACAGCCUGACGACAGCUCUUCUGGUGAUUUUCCUUCUAGGGCUUUCCUUUCAGCGCAUCCGUGCAGCUCCACAAGGUAUCCUGGAAGACACAACCUGCUGCAUAGGCGUCACUAAGGGACCCAUUCGUUUUAGUAACCUGAGGAGUUUCUACAGGACCUCUCCGGAGUGUAGGAGACACGCCGUGGUGUUUGUGACUCUCCAAAACAGAGAAGUCUGUGCCGAUCCAGAGGCUAUGUGGGUACAAGUUGCAAUCCGGCGCCUGAGGAAAAAGAAGUAAUUUAGCACAGCCCUUAGCAGGGCUGGACUCCCCGGGGCCUGCUGGCCCGGCUCUGUUUAUGUAAAA